AUGCGAGUAAACCAAAAAAAAUGGAAUACUGAAUAUAAACGUAAAUACCGAAUGAAAAAAUGUACUGAAUCUAAACAUGAAGUUCUUAUUAAACAAAGACAAAAAAACACUGCAUACAAGCGUCAGUAUAGAACUAGAAUAAACGAUGUGAAUGAAUUUUGGUGGGAUGUGUUAUAUGCUUUAGGCAAAGAAGCUUUACAACCAUUAACUUUUAUGUGGAAUCGAAAAUGUCCUCACUGCUUAAGUACGCUUCUUACAGGUGAAUUAGCAGAAUUUUGCUGCAAUCGUGGAAAGCGUAGUCUACCUUUAUUACCUCCUUAUCCUACGAAUUUGGAUAAUAUUCUCAUUAACACCAAUAUUAGCCUUCUUUCUCGAAAACUUAAUGCACUUUUUUCUUUUACAGCAAUUGGUGUGCAAG